AUCUACCACUUUCUUCAAUUGGUCCAUUUCGUCAAGUGAGUAAUGAUUCACCAGUAAUAGCCAAUUCAAAAUCAUUACCAAUGAAUAAUCAUAAAUUAAGUAUUAAUUUACCAAUAUUACCGGCGGCUAUUGUAGACAAUCGACCGACACGUUCAUCCACUUCAUCAUUUCGUUUACCGUCUACAACAGCAACAAUGCUACAUUCGGAUAUGAGACAACAAUUACAACUGCAACAACAACAAGAG